GAAACAGGUGCGUGAUUGGUGACAGCGGCGGACCUCAGCAGAUUUGCAGAUCUGAUGGCUGCUCUCCGCCCGUCGACACCAAGUUUGAGGCCACCUUUGGCAUUUCUGGCCUGCCUUGCAGCCCACUGGAAGGCAUGCGGGAAGGCUGCGACUGGGUGGAUAUCAGCCUGGUGGAUGGAUACACCGUCCCGUUCAAGUUUGAGAUUCAUGGCAGCUGUUGGGAUGCGGACGGGCAUCUCAUGAAUGCUUCAGCGAAGAGCGUGGACUGUUCAAGGCUGAGUGUGGACGAUUGCCCCAAGGAUGAGACCUUUCACACGUUCGACAGUGCAGGCAAUGCCACAGUGGACCUUCAAGUGAGGCACCCCACAGCGAGUACGGCUGCCGGCUGCUAUUCACCCUGCAGCAAGCUGACACUGAAUCAAUGGGCCAGUUUCAGUACUACGCAGUACAAUAUGGAUGUGUUCAGCCGGGAGUACUGUUGCCCCACGCCGCCGGUUUCCCCGGCUGCGUGCAGGGCUGGCAGCGUCAAGUGGUCGAAGUACGUCGGUGCCAUCCACCACAUGUGUCCAGGAGUCUAUGGGUAUUCCUACGAUGAUGGCAUGGGCUUGGUCACUUGCCAAGCAACAUCAACCUACUUCUUUACAGUCGGGUGCCCUUCGUCCGGUACGGCAGCAGGUGCUAAGAUUCCGAAAGCCAAUUCUACGAAACAUCAUCCGAUUCACGAUCUGCCUCGGGCGCAUGUGGAAAAGACCAUACGGCAAAGACAGAAGCUUAGUGCAAGCACGAAAAAGCCGAGUUCCUCAGAGCAGAAGCUUCCUGGGGAAAGAGCGAAUCUCUCAGAGCCCGAAAAGUUGCCAGAGCUGCCAAAGGAGAAAGAGACGAAGCCUUCACCGCAGACGUCCUCAGAGGAGAAGGUGCUCGAGGAAAGCCUUGCUCAGCAAAACCUGCCAAAGCCAACUGACAAGGAAGCCUAUCUGCAAAAGCUGAAGGAUAUGAUGCUCAAAAAGCUCAAGAAGCGCAAACUGUGGGAGACAUUGCCAGAGCUUCUGCAAUAG